AUGGGCUUUCAGGAGGCUGCUGUCUCAGCAGCACCCACUGCAUCCGAUUACGUCCAGGAGCACAAAGUCGCCAGAAGACAAGAGCUACCUGAACAACCUGAGCACCUUGGGGAAAAGCUCCUCACUAGACCACACAACACUACACCAGACCCAGAACACCAAGGUACCCCUAAGCCCCUGAGUUUUAUCCAGGAGAGUUGUAGCUCUCAGUCAGACCAGCAGCCCCUAAAUAUCCACAACCACAUUUGUGCCAGUGUGUCCCUGUCUGCCUACCAAGGAACUUAUCACAGGCAGCCCCCAGGCCAGUCUCCCACAGUGGUCAUGCAGAUGCCCUCCUCGGGUGCUUCCACCUGCCAGCACCAGGAAGCCAUGGAAGACCGAGUUCUGGUAUUUGAUAUGGCUACGGGCAACACCAGGGUUGGGCUGCUGUGUCAUGAACCCAUGGACUCACAGGCCAUGUUGGUGGGUAUGGUGCCCAAACACCCAUGCAUCUGCAUCCCUAAGUCAAUGCAGCCAAUGGGCUCGCCAAUACAAUUGCCUGAUAGCCCUCCCUCCAACUUCUGGUCCACCUCACCUAUGCUAUCCAGUCCUGUACCUUCCAGCCUCUCGCCAGGCAGUUACCGAGAGGUGUCCCUACUUCCCAAGGAGGCCAAGUUCAACCUGGAGACACAGAACACCUCUGGUCCUGAGACUCCCAUCAGACUCCCAGUGCACACUGGGCCUGUCUCACUGGGGAUGCCGCUCCAAUUUGGUGAGAAGAUACUGACCCCUGUUUCCAAUACCGGAUGGUCAAAACCUGAUGCAGAAAAAAAUGAACCUAGGCAUAUUCUCUGGCCACUGGACACCUCUAAGAUGCCAGAUGGCCCCAUGGUCCAGUCUAAGAAACUACAGUGGGUGACCUCAGAGAAGACCCCAGAGCCUGAUUUGUCAGCCAAACCACAGGAGGUGACCAAAGUCCUGGUCCAAGAGCACACGAAGAAUCAGAACCAGGAGAAGGUCAUUAGUGUGCACGCUGAAGACCCAGCGAAGGUCCUCCUCACUGGUCAGCCCCUCUUAGCUGAGCAGCUCCUUCUUGCCAGAAAGAUCCCCCCUGAUUGCCAACAUUCUCAGGCUGACCAACCUCCCAGCAUCGAGAAGUCCAUCCACACUGAGCUGACACGGCUCACCUCCCCUAGGCAGCCUCCACUUCCUGAUCAGCCCCUCCUCACUGGAAAGCUUUUUCUCACUAAACACGUAACUUUCACUGAGCAGUUCCCCUUUUCCAAAGAACCCAUCUGUGCCAAAGAACCUGUUCCCUUGAAAGGGUUGCCAACCACCAGGGAGCCUGGACAGGCGGCCACCCUUUGCCAGGAAGGUGAAUCCUUGGGCCUACCAACUCAUGUGGCAGUACUCCAAAUGCCUCUAGACUCGGAGAAGACCUGUGUCUUUGUGAAACGAGAGAAAGUCAGCUGUGGGACCAUGCAAAGCUCCAGCACACAUCAGAUGGCGUGGCAACAAGAUAGCUCCUCCCGGGCCCAAGAGGAACAGCUUUCUCUGAUGACAUUCGCUAUGCCUGACACUGGCUGCAAGGUCUUGCCCAUCUCCGUGGUGGGCACUGAGCCUCAGGGUGCCCAGUUCAAGAUGAAGGCUGGGGACGUUACACACUCAUCGGUGGUGACACGUCUUGGCUUACUCCAAGGGAACUGCAAUGAGCUGCUGUCCAGCAUGGAUGCUCUACCGGUAAAGUCCGCAGGGAUCUGCUGCCGCCUCCAGGGUCCCUGCCAGAACAUGGCAGCCAUUGUGAUAGACACAGGCACAGGCUUUACCAAGUGUGGACUGGCUGGCGAGGACCAUGUUCUCAGUGUGGUACCCUCACGGGUUCAACUGCUGCAGCACUCAGCCCAGGGCCAGCCCCGGUACACGAUACCGGAGAAUCAAGAGGGCGCCUGCCCAGUGUUGACCCGAGGUGUGGUCUCUGACUGGGAUGCACUAGAAGUGUUGUGGCAACAUCUGUUCUACUGCAGGCUGGGUGUGCAGCCUGAGGAGCUAGCUGUUCUCGUGGCGGACUCUCCUGUUUCACCUCGUACCAACCGAGAAAAGGUGGCUGAGCUUCUCUUUGAGCAUUUCCAUGUGCCUGCCAUGCAGACAGUGCAUCAGGCCCUGUUAACACUCUACUCAUACGGGCGCACCACAGGGCUGGUGCUGGGCAGUGGCUAUGGCACCUCCUAUGUGACGCCUAUCCUCACAGGGGACCUGGCUCCACUUGAGACUCACCGGUUAGACGUUGCUGGUUGUGACCUUACUGAAUACUUGGCUCAGCUGCUGCUGGCAGGUGGCCACUCACAACUCAAGACAGAGGUGGUCAAUAAGAUAAAGGAGGCCUGCUGCUAUGUGAUCUCGGAUAUGUCCUGCAACCAAGCUCAGGCCCCGGUGAACUUUGUUCUUCCAGACAAGCAGGUCAUCACACUGGGUUCUGAGUGCUUUUGCUGCCCUGAGGCCCUUUUCCAACCCAGUCUGCUAGGCCUCAACCAGCCGGGCCUCUCACAACUGGCCCUCCAGAGCAUCAGCUGUCUGGAGGCCAAGCAACAGGAGCAGCUGCUAGCCAACGUGGUUCUGGAUGGUGGCAGCACCCUACUGAAUGGUUUUCCAGAGCGCCUGAGACAGGAACUGGGUCCCUGUGCCACUGUAUUGGGGUCUCCACACCGUGCUGUCACUGCUUGGCUUGGGGGAUCCAUCAUGGCAUCCAGGGAUUCCUUCCAGAGUCUGUGGCUCAGCCGUUGCCAGUAUGAGGAGGAAGGCUCACGGGCCAUCUAUAAAUACCAUCUGUGA